GCAAGCGGUUGCCAAGGCAAUGGGUGUGCUUAAACGUCUAAGAGACAGACAGUAUAAAGGAAAUUGCUAGUGUCAUCAACUGGAUGUAAAACACUCAAGAUCAGAAGGCUAGAUCUGAAAUGGGGGAAGUGAAGGAAAGAACUUGUUCAAAUUCUUCGAAUCCCAACGCCUCAUCACAAAUAGCCAACGAAUUUUGUGACAGUCUGCAAAUCUACAUGGUUCUGACAGACCUGGAGAAAAAAGCCAUUGGCACCAUUUGUUUCCUAGGUGGUCCGAUAACACUGAUGGAGAACGUCCUUGUCCUCGGAGUUAUUGCCUCCUCGGCGAUGCUGAGACGGAAGCCCUCUUAUCUGUUCAUUGGCAGCCUCGCCCUGGCAGAUGUCUUCGCUAGCUGCUUCUUCACCACAAGUUUCCUAGACUUUCAUCUCUUCCGCCGCUGUGAUGGUCCAACUGGAUAUCUCUUCAAGUUAGGAGGGGUUACCAUGGCCUUCAGUUCUUCAGUUGGGAGCUUGCUGCUGACUGCGCUGGACCGAUACCUCUGCAUCCACCAGGCAUCCAGCUACAAGGUUCUGCUAACCCGCCGAAGGGCCACGCUGAGUCUCCUGAUUCUCUGGAGCAUCACCAUCUUCAUCUCCUUCUUGCCGCUCAUGGGCUGGAGGUGCCCCACAGUGCUUAACCCUCCGUGCUCAUGCUUGUUCCCCUUCAUCAGUCCAGCCUACUUGGCCUGCUGGACUACCUUUAUCCUGAUACUUCUCACAUUAAUUUUGGUGGCCUACGCCCUGAUCCUGUGGAAGGCCCACCGUCAUGAAUCUUCCAUGACCAACCUCCAGGGGUCAUCAGGUGCCCGCCAGGCCCGCAUGAGAAUUGAUAUUCGGCUUGCUCGUACUUUUGGUUUGAUUCUCCUCAUACUGGUGGGGAGCUGGCUCCCUGUACUCACCUUCAUGCUGGUUGAUGUCUCUAUAUACUUGACUCGUAACCAGCAGAGAGCUUUUGCCUUUUGCAGCACCCUUUGCCUACUGAAUUCUGCAGUCAACCCACUGCUUUAUGCCCUGCGGUGCAGAGAGUUAAGAAUUGCUCUGCUGCAGUGUCUACCAAUGUCAUGCGGUUUCUGGAAGUGUCAGAACUCUACAAAUGACUUAAAUCUCGCAGGGCAAUUUGCAGAAGACAACUGUGCUACAGUGUCUGAUGACACUCUGGCAGCGAGAACCCCUCAACUCCACUCAGUCUGUGAAAUAGUGAACAGUAAGUCGAGUUAAGUAAACAUAGUGGAACAUUGUAAUAAAUUAACAACUCAGAUGGACGAAGACUUGAAGGGUGCUGGUGAAAGACUGUAAAGCCAUCAACACAAUGUAAUGGUUUACAUACUUUGAUUAAAAAAAAGAAAAAUACAAAAUACAACCUUACA